AUGGCGGGAAUGGCAGAAAUGCAUGUACUUUAUUGCUUCGGUUUUUCUACCAAGGUUGGAGAACAUCAUAGCAAGGAGGAUUUUGCUGUGAGAGGCAAGGAGCCGAAAGACGAGGUUCAGAUUUAUACAUGGAAGGAUGCUACUCUUCACGAGUUAACUGAUCUUGUCAGAGAGGUGACACCAGCAGCUAAGAGAAGAAAUGCAAGACUGUCCUUUGCUUUCAUAUUUCCUGAUACAAAUGAUCGUUUUGUUGUAAGAGAGGUGGGCAAGACCGAUUCUCAUAGAAAUGGGAAGUUAGAUGACAACAAAGCAUUGGCUCAGCUUGGCUUCCAGAUCGGAGAUUACUUGGAUGCGGCAAUUCUAUAGAGGCUUUACUAUGUCAUAUUUAGGUAAUUAGGCUGCACAUUGUUAGGUUCUAUUCAGUAGGCUUGAGAUGUAUAGCAUGAGCAGCUGGACCUGAGAUCUGCUUAUUUUGUAUUAUUAGAAACUAUAAAGGGAUGGGUAGACAGCAGACUAAAAACCAUCAUGUGCGUAGAGUUUCAACAUGUUGUAGAACAGGCUGGUACGUAUUGCAAUUUGAAGAAUACGUGACUGGAUUUGCGCUGUACAUUACAUCUACAUCAUAUUCUGUAAUGUUUUCAAACGCCA